GUUCUCUUUUCAACGCGACCCCAAAGUAUAGUUCACGAAGGUUCCUAUUUCGUCGGUGGAUACCCUCUGGUUUGCACUUCUUCUACUUCCCAAAACCCAAAUCGAGUAACUCAAAGAGGGAAGGAGACUGAAAAUUACAGUGGACAAAGAUGUCUUGGCAAACCUACGUCGAUGAGCACUUGAUGUGCGAGAUCGAAGGCAACACCCUCGCCGCCGCCGCCAUCAUCGGCCACGACGGCAGCGUUUGGGCCCAAAGCGCUUCCUUCCCUCAGUUUAAGCUUGAAGAAAUAACUGCUAUUAUGAAUGAUUUUUCUGAACCUGGAUCACUUGCACCAACUGGGUUGUACCUUGGUGGCACAAAGUAUAUGGUGAUUCAAGGUGAGGCAGGAGCUGUCAUAAGAGGGAAGAAGGGCCCUGGCGGCGUGACUGUGAAGAAGACCAAUCAAGCUUUGAUAAUUGGAAUAUACGAUGAACCGAUGACUCCUGGACAGUGCAACAUGAUUGUGGAAAGGCUGGGUGAUUAUCUCAUCGAUCAGGGUCUCUAAUCGCCUUCACUAUCACUUUAUUUUUCUUCUUUCUUUUCUUUUUUCCCUUUGCGUGUUCCCCACCCCUGCCUUUUACCUGUCUUUCGGGAGCUUGCUAGAAGUUGGAAUUGUUGCAGUGUCAUAGUAUGUGUACCCUUGAAAGUAGUGGAGAACUGGGUUCUGAUUGCUGCUUGAAGCAUGGCAUGGAGCUCUGCCUUGGCCGCCCCCCCUCAUAUUAGAAGUGUUUUUUGAUGAUAUAUAAUUCUGGAAUGUAAACAUUUCCAUAUUUCAGUCUUGAAUGGAAGUACUUCUGUUGGAUCAGUUAAAAA